AUGGGAAACUCUAAAAGUAGUGCCCUAUCCAAGAGUAUCUUGGAAGACCUCAAAAUGAACACCAAGUACACAGAAGAAGAGCUCUCCUUAUGGUACCAGACAUUCUUGAAGGAGUGCCCAACUGGCUUGAUCACCAUGGCACAAUUUGAGAAGAUCUAUUCUGGCUUCUUCCCAGAUGCAAACCCCAAAGAUUAUGCUCAACAUGUCUUCAGGACCUUUGACACCAACAGUGAUGGGACCCUGGAUUUUAAGGAAUACAUCAUCGCCCUUCACCUCACCUCCUCUGGAAAGACGUCACAGAAGCUUGAGUGGGCUUUCUCUCUCUAUGAUGUAGAUGGCAACGGCACAAUCAAUAAGGAAGAAGUACUGGAAAUUGUUAAGUCAAUAUUUAAAAUGAUCAAUGAAGAAGAACUGAAGACCCUGCCAGAGGAUGAGAACACCCCAGAGAAGAGGGCUGACAAAAUUUGGGAUUUCUUUGGCAAGAAAGAAAAUGAUAAAUUAUCGGAAGGUGAGUUUAUUCAAGGUACCCUGGAAAAUAAGGAUAUACUCCGACUGAUACAGUUUGAACCUCAGAAAGUCAAAGGAAAGUUAAACACGAACUAA